AUGAAGGCGCACCUUCCGCGACUCACGGCCCUGACAAUCCAAAUUCACGUUCUAAAAACAUUCUCCGAGUACGCUGUAGGCAGGGCUGCUUUUCCCAGCGUCUCGCAAUACAGACGGUUCGCCGUUUACCGAACUAGACAGACGUCUCAUCUCGACAAGGACAUGGCUCAAGCCACUGACACCGCUAGCAUGGAUAUACAGGAUCAAAUUAUGGACAAGGUCCAAGGCCAAGGAGGCAAAAGCAGAGGCGGCGGCCGGAAAAGCGGUGGCGGACGUAGCGGCGGACGUUCCAGCGAUGUGUCGCGCGCACUGUCACGACUUCUGCGACACCAGGCCGAGAACGCGGGCAUCAAGCUCGACGGCGAGGGAUACGCCCCUCUCGACAAAGUGCUGCAAUGGGGCCCUCUCAAGUCCCUCGGCGUCACGCUCGCCGACGUGCAAGACGUCGUCGCCACCAACGAGAAGCAGCGCUUCUCCCUCAAGCCCGCCUCGCCCUCCACCGUCAUCACCACGUCCGCCAACCCCGGCGACUACCUCAUCCGCGCCAACCAGGGCCACUCCAUCAAGCUCGAGUCCUCGUCCCUGCUCGUCCCGCUCACGCCCGAAGCCGGCAACGUCCCCGCGCGCGUCGUCCACGGCACCUACUACGCCUUUUGGGAGCCCAUUGUCGAGAGCGGCGGCCUGAAGGUCAUGGGCCGCAACCACAUCCACUGCGCGGCGGGCACCCCCGAGGAGGGCGUGGCGGUGGUCAGCGGCAUGCGCAGGGACGCGCAGCUGCUGAUUGAGAUUGACGUGCAGAGGAGCAUGGAGGCGGGCAUCGCGUGGUGGCGCAGCGACAACGGCGUUAUCCUGACAGAGGGCGAUGCGGACGGGCUGCUGGGCGUCGAGUACUUUAGGAGGGUGGAGGGCAGGAACGGCGACGUGGGCGUGCUCUGGGAGGACGGGCAGGUGGUGGCCGAGCUGCCGAGGGAUGUGAAGCGGACGAUAAACAAGUCACAUGCAUCUACCAAACAUGACCACAAAUCCAAUCAGUGGUACUACUCCAAUGCUGCACUUCCAUACCCCAUCAUGUGCCAUUGA